GCUAAAACACCGUCGGUACCGGAAAUUAACAAUCCCGUGAUGUCAGGGGAGUGCUAGCCUAGCAUCGGAAUGACUACAGUGCCUCUCUCGAUUUGGACUUAAAAGCUUUUUCAACAGUUAACUGUCAGCCAACAGUUUAGCUCCGUUGUCGUGUGCCGACAUGGGGUUAGCGGGCUCGAAGACUGUCGGAUGAUGUAUCCCUCCGCACGGACGUUAACAACGGAGAUGAGAGCCUGUCGUAGGAACCUAACGGGAUGCCGUCCGGUUAGCCUCUCCGGAUCAGAUUUAUGUGCCACAACACGCUAGCGGGCUAGUUCAUACGUUGUGGCAAGUUGAUUAAGCUCCAGUCAGUCUGGAAAACGGAGAGUUAUGGCGCGGUUGGUGUUGGAGCAACUGUCAGAUUUCGGGGACUAUACUGGCGGUAAAGACCUGGUUGAGCUCUUUAAACUGACCAACAACGAGCUCAAAGACUGCCUGUCAAACGUCCGCCUGAGCCCAGAUGGACGUCACAUCCAUGUUAUCCUCCGCAAGCCUAAGGUCGGUCUUGUGACUUUUGACAAGUAUGAAAGACCCCAGCUGGCCCAGAACCAGAAGAAGCUGGAUCUGUGGCCGACACGGACCGUGCCUGUUGUGGAUAUUUUGUAUUUGGACCAUAACAAUAACAACAGCAGCAGCAGCAGAGACGCAGCAGCUGUGGCGGUGGUUUAUGAGGAUGGAAAAGCUGAGUUUUGGAAAUUCCACGAGUGCAAAUCUGGCUGGCAUCUCGUACAAACAUCAGACUUGUGUAACAGCCCCCGAGCAAGAGUGGUGUCUGUCUGUGCCUGUUCCAACCUUAUCAUCUGGUGUGAGGAGAGGCCACCCUCAGAAAGCUCUCCAGCCCUCAGCUCCACAAGGAAUAAGCUGAGAUACUGUGUGUGCAGGCGUGACUUCGAGGUGGAGGAGGGGGCCGUCAGCUUGGGUGGAGUGAAAAUCGCCCUCCACAACAACCCCAAGUUCACUGUGGUGAGCUCAGGUGAAUAUGUACAUCUUCUCCCUGACUUGAAAGUGAAGCCACUGUUGAUCUCCAGUUUUUUUCUCUCCUGGUCCCCGCGCCAUGACUCCUUCACAGUCAGCACCACGUGUAUGAACACUCCCCUAAAAAGGCUUUCGGCUAAAGAGUCUGACUUUAAGAGGUUGGUCACAGACUGUUUGGGAUAUCUAUCAACUCUUGAACCACCUGAGAUCUACAACUUCUCUCCUACAUCCUGUGGAGGCCUGCUGUUGCUGCUCAGCACAGGCUGGGUGUGUCUCCUGCAGAAAGAUGGGAUGCUGCGGCAGGUGUAUAAACUGGCCGACAACUGCUUGACGAAAUUCAGCACUCACACUAGCCUCUGCAUGUACGAGGACACCCUGGCACUGCUGAUAGGACAAAACCUGCAUCUGAUCGACGUGAACUGUGGCAGAGAGCUGGAACACGCCACGCUGAAGAGAGAGGGGUUGUUAUAUGUGAACCGGGCUGAAAGUUGCACUCCUCACCUGCUCACAGAAACCGGACUUUUCGUUUUAGUGAACAAGGAGACAGACUCCAGAGAUUGCGACUCUAAGAUGAAGCCUCCUGGUUUCAGUACAGUGGAGAAUCUUCACCCAGGAGCCCUCCUGGUAGAGGCUGUCUUCGAGGAAGCCUGUAAAUACUACCAGCAGAGGAGCCUGAGCAGCACCCAGCUCACUGUGGACACGCUGAAGAAAGGAGGUAGGUUCCAGGCUCCCAUCUCUUUAGCCUCCAUCCUCAGGAACUACCUCAGUGCGGGGUCGAGGCAGAAAGGAGCAGAGCUGUCCCAGAACGGAGGAGUUGGAUGUACAGCAGGACAAGAUAAGCUAAUGGGCUCUCUGGAGGCUGAGCUAAAGGCUCUGGUUUCUCUGGAGGAGGUGAAGGGCAGUUUAGUGAGGGGAAGUGUGAAAGAGGUGGAGGCAGUGUGUGAGAGUCUGGUUGAGAAAGAGGUAACUAGACUGCUGUCAUCCUCAGAGCUGGUUAAAGAAGCUCUGCUUUACCUUAACUCCAUCUUCAACAUCUUCCCCCGCCAGGCAUGGAGGGCGGCGCAGGCUGCCCUUCAGCUACACUACAAUGGGGAGGGCUCUCUCUCCAGCAGGGCUCCAGCAGACAUAUGGAAAACUGUCCUCAGUCCUGCUGUGACAGCCAGCACCCCACCCUCCCUCCCAUUCACCAACGGCAGGUCAAAGCACAAUCAUAGCCUCAAAGGUGAUCACAUUGCCAACUGUAAAGCCAAACCUACAAGCUCUGCUCCCCCAGCUGCCCUACCCGUGUUUGAGCUCCUCUGCCACUCAGUUUUCCACUUCCAGCCCAGCUGGUUGCCCAGAUUCCUGGAGCUCGCCCAGCAGCAGCAGGGCUCAGCCGGCCUGGGCCUAAGCCUGGCCUCUUCCUCCUGGGGCUUCUCCGGUGGGCGAGGAGGAGAGGGCGGGGAGAACAACGUCCCGCUUUACAAACGAGCCCUGUGCGUCUUGUCCAGCCUGAGCUUAGACAGAGACCAGCAUCAGGACUUGGAGGUGGAGUUGCUGCUGGUCAGUGGGCGGCCCAACGCCAUCCUCCAGGCACUGAGGAUCCUCAUGGCCAAGCAGCAGUGGGAGCGGGUGACGCAGGUCGCCCAGAAGUUCUGCAAACAGAGUCCGCUGCUCAACAAGGAGAUUUUCACUACUCUGCUGUGCGAGGUGGCCCAGCACAGAGACCUGGACCCCUACCUGGACCUGCUGUGGGUGCUGUGCCCUGAAGACCUCACUGUCACCACUAUUCUCAACUUGGUGCUGAAAAACCUCCCCUCUCCUAACACCCCCCCUCCCUCCUCCUCCUCCUCCUCUUUCUUCUCCACGUCCAGCACAGCAUCCUCAUCCCCGGCUCCCUUUGCGGACUCACAGAGCAGCCAGUUGACCAUCGGGCUGUUGAAACCCCUGCUGAGAAAAGUCCUUCAGAGGGAGACCAAGCCUAGCCAGCGCUACGCUGACAUCCUCCAGUCGCCAUCGUUCCCCCCUCCUGCACCUCGUCGCCAGCCCGCAGAGCAGCCUAGGGCUGUCACUGAUCCCAGCACAGACUCAGCUCUGGGCGGUACCACCGCACCGGGUGUACUUGCAGAAACACCUGAGCAGCAGUCGUCCACACACACAACUGUCCCAAGGGCGAGGGUGGCACUACCCGCUAACCCAGUGUGAUUUACAUAAAAAUGAACAAACAUUCAAAAUGGAGAGCAAAACCGGUCUCUUAAAACAUUCCACACAUAAUCUGACUUAACUGUGAAACAGUGUGUGUUGACAAUCAGUGUAUUGCAGUUAUAUUUGAUGCUCUUUUUAAAACUAUUGGUAAUGUCAGAUGAAGUAUGACAACUAGAAACUAUGAAAUGACUACUGAAGAUCUUACCAGUGUAAAUACUGCAGGUAAUUUUAAGUCUUAAUGUGUAUAUACUGUUUCUGCAUUGUUAUUUAUCUCUUAAGCCUUAACUGCACGCAGAUGAGAAUGUUAUUGCAUAAACUUGCAUUGAAUAAGCUUAGCCUUCAGAAUACCAUCAAUAAAUGAUAAUAUAUUGAGUUAACACAAUAUAAUGGUUAUCUGCUCAGUCAAAAACAAAGCCACUAACUCCCAUUUUGGGGGUUUAUCAUAUCCAUGUUUAGAAUAUACUUUGCCUCUUUAAAGUAAAAAAAAUCUGCUAAUUGUAGUCAAGUAUAGCUGCCUUUAACUUGUCGAUGUCAAAGUGUGUUCAUGCAGUGGGUAAUCUACUGAGUGUUAUCCAGACAAACUGGCCUUUGUGUUUGAAUGUUUGUUUUAAGUGUGGUAGGGUUUAGAGGAGGAGGAGGGUAAGAGAGGUAGAGGUCCAAGGUUCCUUUACUGACUUCUUGUUUUUUACUCAACAUAUUAUACGUGCUUAAACAUUAACCUGGUUUUGAUGGGCGCAACCCAAAACACUGUCAUCCAUUUAUCCCUCUAGACUCCAUCUUGUCCAAUCUUGCUCCCUCGCAGCUCAACUCACAGGGCAUUCCAGACCGAAUACCCAGUAAAAGUGACUCACAGUUCGACUUUAAAUUCAAUUUUGGAGGUAAUUCUGUUAGGAUCCGUGUGUGGGUUGGGCGCGUUGUGACUAACAUAGGCUCCCUGCUGCUUGCAUAAGGUCAUGUACGUCUUCCUUCAUGGACCCAGUGAGGGUAAUGUUAUUAAAGAUGUUAGGUCCUCUGUCUUCUUGCCCCUGUUAGCUUUCUCCAUGCUUUUAUUUAUCACCCCAGUCAGUAUUUGCUUUUGAUGCAUCUCUUGAGAUUGUUUUUUUUUUUUUUUUUUUUUUUUUUUGAUUAAGUGCUGUAAACAAAAAUAUAUUUAAGUGCCUAUUAUCUUUGAUGCCUUUAAUGCUUUUCUGUUGGAGGAGUCUUUAUAGUUUGUUAUAGUCAAAGAAAGUGUUUUUGUAUGUAAAUGUUGAGCCCUCCAAACAAAUCGUAACUAUCUUUGGGAGUCUUUACUAAAACCUGUGGCGCUGCAUGGGUGCGGUACAGACAACCCUGUGUUGAGUGACAAUCAGACUCCAAAAUGCUGCAGAACAAUCACACUGCCUUUCACAGUGCUGCUGUUCAUUUACAGGGUAGUGUCACAUUCCUGCAGCUUUACUCUUGUUCAGGAGAAAGAACUGGAGGUAGAUCAGAGGAUCUGUUUCCUGUAUUGUAUUGAGUACAGUAUUUUGGGGGGUUUUGGUAACUGAUCUUGUCCUCAACAGUCAAAGACUGUUUUUAAUUUCAAUAUGAAACCCGGCUGAUUUCUCGCUCUGAUCCGAUGCAUGCAUUAGUUGUGUCAUUCCAAGCUCUGUACACUUAAAUAAGCAUGACAAAGUCUGUGCAAACGAUUUCAGCUCGGUGCCAAAAGUGUUGCUGUCUGCCAGACAUGUUUGAGUCCAUCUGAGAGUCACUGGAAACUCCCUGACUUCCCUAGACAGACGACUCAGCCUGAUGUUAUGACUGUUAAGACAUUAAAUAUUAAUUUGCCCUAAACUCUGCUUUAGGUUUCCUGUUAAUGAAUAGGAUCUCCUCCUGGAUUUGCUCGACAAAGUUUCACACCAUUGCCUUGGUUACUUUUGGUGAUGCUCUCCUUUCAGCGGUAUUUGAAAAAAAGAAAAUGUAUACAAGUAUUUAUUAACAGAUGCUGUAUGCUAUUAAACUGGAGAUAAAACCUC